CUCGCGCGCUCCCAAUCGAAUGCGUUUACCGUCAACAUCAGCCUAUAGGUGCACAGAAAUGUAAGUGUCGGCUGAGUUGACCAAGGAGAUCCGAGUGUCGGCUGAGUUGACCGCAGUAGCUGUCGCUAGAGCCGAGCGGAGAGUUUAUAUUGUGGGAGCUGCUGUUGCACCAUAUCAGGAACAGACCGCAUUUCUCCUCCGAUCUCCAGCCAUGGCUCCAAGUGAACGUUGUCUCCUCCAACCGCAGAGCACCACAACGGAAGGAAAGGGUUGUUUGUAAGCCGCACAUAUUGCCUCUACAAGACUGGAAAAAGGCUUCAGCAGCAUUUAAUUUAAUUUGUCCAAGUGGUUUGACAAGUCUUUUAGAAUGAAACGAGGAAAGACAGGUCUCAAAUCAAAGUGCCAGCGCUUCCCCUCUCAUAUGGGGAGGGCUCAAAGACUGAAACCAUUGAGGUCCAGCUUUGCCCUGACUUCACUAGAGGACUGGGGUAACCUGCCACAUCACGUUGUCCUGCAGAUCUUCCAGCAUCUGUCUCUCGUUGACCGGGCCAAGGCCUCGUCGAUGUGUCGCUGCUGGAAUGGCGUCUUUCACUCCCCUGAUCUUUGGAGGCGGUUUGAGUUUGAGCUCAAUCAGCCAGCCACGUCUUACCUGCGCUCCACUCACCCUGACCUCAUUCAGCAGAUCAUUAAAAGGCAUGCCCAGCACCUGCAGUAUGUCAGCUUCAAGGUGGACAGCUGCACAGAAUCUGCAGAGGCGGCCUGUGACAUCCUCUCCCAGCUGGUGAACUGUAGCAUUAAGACCCUGGGGUUGAUUUCCACAGCACGGCCCAGCUUCAUGGAUGUGUCUCAGGUUCACUUUGUGUCUGCACUGACUGUGGUGUUUGUCAACUCCAAGUCCCUGUCCUCUAUCAAGAUUGAUGACACGCCAGUGGACGACCCGUCCCUGCAGGUGCUGGUUGCCAACAACAGCAACACCCUAAAGUUUCUGAAGAUGAGCAGUUGUCCUCAUGUCUCCCCAGCAGGUAUCCUGUUUGUAGCAGACCAGUGCCAUGGACUCAGGGAGCUAGCUAUGAACUACCAUCUCCUGAGUGACGAGCUCCUGUUGGCCCUCUCCUCUGAAAAACACGUCCACUUCGAGCACCUGCGCAUUGACGUGGUGAGCGAAAACCCCGGGCAGACACACUUUCACACCAUCCAAAGAAGCAGCUGGGAGGCCUUGGUCCAACACUCACCCAAGGUCAACAUUGUCAUGUACUUCUUCCUUUAUGAGGAAGAGUUUGAGCCCUUCUUCCGCGAGGAGACUCCCGUCACCCACCUGUACUUUGGACGGGCAGCUAGCAAAGAGAUGCUGGGACGCAUCGGACUGAACUGUCCUCGGCUGGUGGAGCUCGUGGUGUGCGCCAACAGCCUUGAGCCCCUGGACGAGGAGCUGAUCCUAAUCGCUGAACGCUGCAAAAGCUUGUCUGCCAUCGGGCUCGGCGAGUGUGAAGUGACCUGCAGUGGCUUUGUGGAGUUUGUAAAGAUGUGCGGGGGCAGGCUGACUCAGCUGUCAAUCAUGGAGGAGGUGUUGAUCCCAGACAGCAGCUACAACAUGGAGCAGAUCCACAGUGAGGUGUCGAAGCAUCUGGGCCGCAAAUGGUCCCCUGAUAUGAUGCCGACCUGGUAGGCAGACAUGAAGCCAGAGCGGAGGGCUGCAGGGUGAUAGACGCUUUUUGCUCAUCAGUGUUCAUGUUUUUUUUCCCGAAGCUGUCACUUGUAUUUCGGCCUGCAGGAGACUUGAUGUAAGACUGACAAUGUGUUUUUACCUAAAAACUGUCUGUCUUGUGAGCUUCAUCUCUAUGCAUAGACAGUGUGAUGUAAACUCUUGCUUUUGGUCUGUAAAUGAUGGUUAGAAUUUACAGAUAUUCACUGCAACCUUUUAACCAUUGAGCCUAAAGAAUGUGGAUCUGUCAUCUGUUGGCUCGUAUUAAAAGCAUCACACCAAACAGCAUUUCCCACAAUAUCAUCAGUCUGUUCUGUUAAGUAAAUUCCAGGCCUUUUUUGUGGUGAAAUAUUAUUCUUUACCUUAUUGCUACAUCCUUUUAAGUCUUAAAUCACCUAAUCUACUCCUACUUAAUUAAGUCAGUGACUUCCUACAUUUCUCAGGAUACAGUUUGAGGCUGGGUCUGGACUCAGUGCAUCCUGCCGUUGUUAGAAAGAGGACUAACAACAGUGAUACCAAUGCAGCACAGAGAGAACAGGAGUUUCCAGUUGAGGCAGAACAAGAGUCGCAGCUUUAUGUAAAACACAAUUGGUCUUUUGCAUUUUUGUCUAUUUAUGUUUGUGUAAGUGGAGCUUAAUAAUUGGUGUCACAGGUUUCACUUUUAUUACAUUUAAAACAAAUUAUAGAUGGACAUCUUUGUUUCUCUCGAAGCACUGGCUAAAUAGAUGAACGUUUUCACACUGAAUGUCUUUACUGUGUUCAAAUUAGAUGCCUUCAUUUAGUUUCAUUUAUUUUAAUUUUGUGCAAUCUUUUUUUGUGCAAAACACAACACAGUAUUCAGGCCAUACUGUGACGCAAUAUGUUAAAAAAAAACUGCAUUUAAUAAUUUGUCACAUUUGUCUCUGUGCAUCAGUGACAAAGUUGCUCAGGUUUGGAGGAAGUCUGCUUUAUUGUAACUGCUAUUAAUUUGACUUAUAAUGUAUUUAAUUAUUAAUUAAAAUCUGUUUAAUAAACUUAA